CCCCGCCCCCAACCCGGCCCCGCCCCGGCGGACAGCAGCAGGAAGCGCGCGGGGGCUCCGCCGACGCUGCGGUCCCAACGAAAGGGUCUCCUGCUGCAUCUGAGCCCUCCUGUCCAGCAUCCAGAGCAGCAACUCCCAGAUAAAUUCCAGCACACUGGGCCUGUAGGCUGCUCCGUUGCCAAUGAACUCCAUGAACCCCAUGAAACCUGCCCUGCCCCCCACGCCACAUGGUGAUGGUUCAUUUGCGUACGAGUCUGUGCCUUGGCAACAAAGCGCCACUCAGCCAGCCGGGUCACUGUCUGUGGUUACUACUGUGUGGGGAGUUGGCAACGCAACACAGAGCCAGGUUUUGGGGAACCCUAUGGGCCCUGCAGGAAGCCCCCCUGGUGGCUCUAUGAUGCCUGGUGUGGCAGGUGGCAGCUCUGCCUUGACCUCCCCGCAGUGCCUGGGACAGCAGGCGUUUGCUGAAGGUGGUGCUAGCAAGGGCUACGUACAGCAAGGCGUGUAUGGUCGUGGGGGCUAUCCUGGGGGCCCCAGCUUCACCACUGGGUAUGCGGGUGGUCCUGGGGGCCUGGGCCUCCCCUCACAUGCUGCACGACCCUCUACUGACUUCACACAAGCAGCAGCUGCAGCUGCCAUGGCUGCUGCCGCGGCCACCGCCACUGCCACAGCCACAGCCACUGUGGCUGCCCUACAAGAGAAGCAGAGCCAGGAGCUAAGCCAGUAUGGAGCGAUGAGCACUGGUCAGUCUUUUAACAGCCAGUUUCUGCAGCAUGGAGGUCCCCGAGGACCCAGCGUCCCUCCUGGCAUGAGCCCUUCCAGCAUGGGAGGAAUGAUGGGUCCUUCUGGCCUCUCCUCCAUGACAAUGAACCCCACUCGGGCAGCAGGCAUGACACCCUUGUAUGCAGGGCAGCGCCUGCCUCAGCAUGGGUACCCUGGGCCUCCUCAGGCCCAGCCACUACCCCGACAGGGGGUCAAGAGAGCCUACUCAGAGGUGUAUCCAGGGCAGCAGUACCUGCAAGGAAGCCAGUUUGCACCUACCGCUGCUCAGUAUGCUUCUGGCCCUGGGCAGCCCCCUGCCCCUUCCUCCUCUUACCCUGGACACAGGUUGCCCUUGCAGCAGGGCAUGGGCCAGUCCCUCUCUGCACCUGGUCCUACAGGACUGCACUACAAGCCCACAGAGCAGUUCAACGGGCAGGGCGCCAGCUUCAACGGGGGCAGCGUCAGCUACAGCCAGCCUGGCCUGAGUGGGCCUUCACGUUCCAUCCCUGGCUAUCCCAGCUCCCCACUGCCGGGGAAUCCCACACCACCCAUGACGCCUAGCAGCAGUGUUCCCUACAUGUCCCCAAGCCAGGAGGUCAAGUCUCCCUUCCUGCCUGACCUCAAGCCAGGCCUCAGCUCCUUGCACCCUUCACCCUCUGGAAGUGGCCCUUGUGAUGAGCUGCGCCUGACCUUCCCAGUACGAGAUGGGGUAGUCCUGGAGCCCUUCCGCCUGCAACACAACCUGGCUGUGAGCAACCACGUCUUCCAGCUCCGAGACUCUGUCUAUAAGACCCUGAUGCUGAGGCCUGACCUGGAGCUGCAGUUCAAGUGCUAUCACCAUGAAGACCGGCAGAUGAACACCAACUGGCCAGCAUCCGUGCAGGUCAGCGUCAACGCCACACCCCUCACCAUCGAGCGUGGAGACAACAAGACCUCACACAAGCCCCUCUACCUGAAGCACGUCUGCCAGCCUGGUCGAAAUACCAUCCAGAUCACCGUCACCGCCUGCUGCUGUUCCCACCUCUUCGUGCUCCAGCUGGUACACCGUCCGUCUGUCCGCUCUGUGCUCCAGGGCCUUCUCAAGAAGCGCCUCUUGCCAGCUGAGCACUGCAUCACCAAGAUAAAGCGGAACUUCAGUAGCGGCACCAUCCCUGGCACCCCUGGGCCCAAUGGAGAGGAUGGGGUGGAGCAGACGGCUAUCAAGGUGUCCCUGAAGUGCCCCAUCACCUUCCGCAGGAUCCAGCUCCCUGCCCGUGGUCACGACUGUCGCCACAUACAGUGCUUUGACCUGGAGUCGUACUUACAGCUCAACUGUGAGCGGGGGACCUGGAGGUGCCCCGUGUGCAACAAGACAGCAUUGCUGGAGGGCCUGGAGGUGGACCAGUACAUGCUAGGCAUCCUGAUUUACAUUCAAAACUCAGACUAUGAGGAGAUCACCAUCGACCCCACGUGCAGCUGGAAGCCAGUGCCUGUGAAGCCCGACCUACACAUCAAGGAAGAGCCGGAUGGGCCAGUGCUAAAGCGCUGCCGCACUGUGAGCCCCGCCCAUGUGCUCAUGCCCAGUGUGAUGGAGAUGAUCGCAGCCCUGGGCCCCGGCGCUGCCCCCUUUGCCCCCUUGCAGCCCCCCUCGGCCCCUGCCCCCAGCGACUACCCCAGCCAGGGUUCUAACUUCCUGGGUCCUGGAACCUUCCCAGAGUCUUUCUCAUCCACCACACCCAGCACCCCAAACCUUGCUGAGUUCACCCAGGGGCCACCCCCUAUCUCCUACCAGUCUGACAUUCCCAGCAGCCUACUAACUCCAGAGAAAUCUGCUCCCUGCCUCCCAGGACAGAUGGCACCAGCAGGCCACUUAGACCCAGCCCACAAUCCUGGACCACCAGGGCUGCACACCCCCAACCUUGGACCUCCCCCAGGCCCCCAGCUACACCAUCCAAACCCUCCCCCUGCAUCUCGGCAGCCCCUGGGCCAAGCGAGUACAGGACCCAUCAGUGAACUGGCCUUCAAUCCUGCCACGGCCAUGAUGGGGCCUCCCAACAUGUCUGGGGCAGGGGAGGCCUCUGAACCAGCUCUGGAUUUGCUCCCAGAACUGACCAACCCUGAUGAACUACUCUCGUACUUGGGCCCACCUGACCUCCCCACAAACAGCAGUGAUGACCUGCUCUCUCUCUUUGAGAACAAUUGAUCCUGUGUUAACCCCUGACCCGGCGGGACACACUCAAAGAUGUCACCACAGCCUUCCCUCCUCACCCAACCCUACAGGAUGCCUGGCAGUCCUCCCCGAACCUCCCCAUGCACACACCCUGAGCCAGGAUCUGCCAUUGCUGAACUGGAAGCAACCCUGGCUCUGGAGGGGCCUCAGGCCAGUGGCCCUCACCAUCCUCCUUCCACCAACCUCACUGCUACAGAACGGUUCUUACCGAGGUGCCCUGCCAUCCCCUGCCCAGCUGCGUGUGUACACCCCAUACCCUAGUCUCAUGACCUUGCACCUUGUCCUUCCACCCUGCCUGCUCCCACCCAGCCUGCAUCUUGUCCAGCAUUGACCUUUCUGUUUCUGCUCCUCCUCAGAAGAGCCGGCUGGCGAGUCUGGCUCUGUACCCUUGGCCUGCAGCUCCAGUGGCCUGAAUCUGGCAGCCUCAGGACCAUGUAGAGUGCCAGCCUUUGGGGGCCCUGGCACUCCCACCCAGCCGUAUGUGGUGCAGGGGUUCUUCUCUCUACCCUGAGCUUCAGGCAGAGGCUGGGGUGGGGGGGCUAUAAAGCACAACAAUGUACAUAGUGUAGAAAUGCUAACAGCUGGGAGAGGGAGGGGACAGCUAUUUAGGUCAGCAUGUUCCUCUGUGGUCCAGCCUGGGCCUUCCCUGUGGUGUUUGCCCCUUCUUGAGUGCAGACAGUUUGAAGGGAGGUUCUAGUGGGGAGAGGACAGUGGGCUCUCAGACUCAGCUCUGUGUAAAUUCUCCAGUGAGCUGUUCCCCCAAGUUCCCUUUUUCUGUGAAAGUGAAGAAUUAGUACAGCUGUGUUUUUUUAAGCCACCUCGUCUCCACCCUGCGUGGGGGGAUGCCAUUGCAUCUGCUGGCAGAGCGCCUGAGCCUACAAGCAGGAUGCCGGCCUGUCAUGUCUCCUGUCUGUGCGAUCUAUUAAAGGACUCCCUCUUGGUGGG